UAAUGUGGAGAAGAAAAAAAAGCAGCUGAAGCGUCUAGAAGAGCAGUUGGCCAAGUUGAAUGUUCAAGCCACAGACAAGGAGGAGAACAAGCAGAUAGCUCUGGGCACAUCCAAGCUGAAUUACCUGGACCCCAGGAUUAGUAUAGCUUGGUGCAAGAAGUUCGGCGUGCCCAUCGAGAAGAUCUACAACAAGACUCAGAGGGAGAAGUUUGCCUGGGCAAUUGCCAUGGCUGACGAGGACUUUGAAUUCUGA